GGAAAAAGAAAAACGUUAUCAACUAUAGCCUCAUCCAUCGGCGCAAGUUAGCACAUGGCAGUAGUCCGAGACCGCCGGCAGCUCAACCUCCGCCUCCCCUUGCCUGAAAUCUCCGAGCGCCGUCCCCGAUUCCCACUUCCCCUUCCUCCCACCAAUCUCCCGUUCUCCUCCGGCGCCACUACCGCCGCCGACCUUGAGAAGAUCGAAGUGAUCGGCCACGGGAACGGCGGCACCGUCUACAAGGUCCAGCACAAGCGCACUGCAGCGAACUACGCGCUCAAGGUGGUCCACGGCGACUGCGACCCCACCGUCCGCCGUCAGGUGUUGCGGGAGAUGGAGAUCCUCCGAUUUACGGACUCGCCGUUUGUGGUCCAGUGUCACGGCAUCUUCCAGAAGCCCUCCGGCGACAUCGCGAUUUUAAUGGAGUACAUGGACGCCGGCACCCUAAAAACCCUCCUGGAAACCAAAGGCACUUUCUCGGAAGUGGAUCUCGCUGGCGUCGCCGGUCAGGUGCUGAACGGCCUCAGUUACCUCCAUAGCCACAAGAUCAUCCACAGAGACAUCAAACCCGCAAAUCUUUUGGUGAACGGGAACAUGGAGGUGAAGAUCGCCGAUUUCGGAGUGAGCAAGAUCAUGCGCCGCAUGCUCGACUCUUGCAACUCCUACGUGGGCACCUGCGCCUACAUGAGCCCGGAGCGGUUCGACCCCGACUCCCACGGCUCCAAUUACGACGGCUACUCCGGCGAUAUCUGGAGCUUAGGUCUCACCCUAUUAGAACUCUACGUCGGUCACUUUCCCUUACUGCCGGCCGGACAGAAGCCGGACUGGGCAACACUCAUGUGCGCCAUAUGCUUCGGCGAGGAGCCGGCGCUGCCAGAGGGCGUAUCGGAGGAGUUCCGGAACUUCAUCGAGUGUUGUCUACAGAAGGAUUCAACAAAGAGGUGGACGGCGGCUCAGCUUCUAUCGCAUCCGUUCAUCUGUAAACAAUCUGUCAUCUGAGCCGAUUAUCCGAUCUGACCUUCAAAAAACGAGAUCGAUGAUCUGGAGUUGUGUAUAUACCAAUCGGAAUCAGAAUCAGAAUCUUCUGUAUUUUUUGUUCACAGUAAAUCAGAUGCGAAAAGAGAAGCUUAGAUUCAAUUAAAUCUUCCUUUUAUCAUUUUUCGAA